AGAAACAUCCAUGCUCACCCCGGGUGGAAGUUGGCCCUUAAGACACUGAUCUAGGAUCAGUUUAUCCUCUCUAGAUUAUAACCUUAACAAUGAGGAGGAGGAAUGUAAACCUGACUUGAAAUCAGUGUCCAGGGGCAACUUCAUCCUACUCCUUCUGUUUUAUACCCUGGCAGUAGGGGUGGGGUUGGUAGGGGGUUGUAUACCCCUGGGGGUCAUAUCUCCCUCCACAGCCCCUCUAGUGUUGUGUCUUUGUUCACCCUAUUCUAGCUGACUGUGUGGAAUCUGUUGUGUUUCCUGUUCUUAUUACUUGUGUUAUUACCGGUGAUAUCUAUUUGUCUGUCCAACCUGUCUGUCCAACCUGUCUGUCCAACCUGUCUGUCUAACCUGUCUGUCUAACCUGUCUGUCCAACCUGUCUGUCCAACCUGUCUGUCCAACCUGUCUUUCCAACCUGUCUGUCUAACCUGUCUGUCUAACCUUGGCUGUGUGUCUUUGUUCCUUUCUCAUUUCCUCUGGGUGUUUUUUCAUGAUUUUAUUACCUUUAAAUUCUAUGAUUUUUCCUAUGCACAAUGUCUUAACAAAAGCCCAUAGACUACAUCUAGAACCCGAGAUUGCAUACAUCUAGUUUAGAGUUGAUGGGAAGUAGUUAGCAGUGAUAAUAGAUGUAAUGUUAGGGGUCUGGUGAAACAAUGUGGUCCUACAGAUGCUUUACAUAACAGAAAGGUUUCAGGACUGAAUAGAAUCAAUAUCGCUAGACAAUAAGAGGGUCAAGAAAUUACCUUCUCCAUUCUGCCACGGUGGGUGUGUGAGGGUGGGUGGAUGGGCAUGUGCGUGUGCGCGCGUGUGUGUGUGUGUGUGUGUGCGUGUGUGUGUGUGUGUGUGUGUGUGUGUGUGUGUGUGUGUGUGUGUGUGUGUGUGUGUGUGUGUGUGUGUCGGAGCAGCAAUUGGUUUCAGUGGACUUCCCUCCCUACAAGGCUCUUUAUCUCUGUGGACAAGCCAUCUGUUUGCCCAGACCAUGGUGUUCUGUUCUUCAAGGAGGGAGAGAUGGUUAGUGUAGGUGGAGGAGGAGGGGUAGGCUUUAGUUUGGGGAUGACACACACACACCCAUAGGGAGGGGUCGUUGAACAAACAAAAGUUCAUCUGUAACCCCCAACCAGAGAUACGAAUAAAUAUUGAAUACGUCUCUUUCUAUGUCUCUCUCGUUCUCUCGCUCUCCAUUUCUUUCUCUCUUUUUAUCCUAAUUUCUCUCUCUCCCUCCACCUGUUACUUUACAGUAAAAAGAGUAAUGGGUGAUUGUGUUGCAAUUCCACACAGACCACAGACUACAGCCCUCAGAUCAGACCACUCACUACAGCCCUUAGAUCAGACCACAGACUACAGCCCUCAGAUCAGACCACUCACUACAGCCCUUAGAUCAGACCACACACUACAGCCCUUAGAUCAGACCACACACUACAGCCCUUAGAUCAGACCACAUACUACAGCCCUUAGAUCAGACCACACACUACAGCCCUUAGAUCAGACCACACACUACAGCCCUUAGAUCAGACCACACACUACAGCCCUUAGAUCAGACCACACACUACAGCCCUUAGAUCAGACCACACACUACAGCCCAUAGAUCAGACCACACACUACAGCCCUUAGAUCAGACCACACACUACAGCCCUUAGAUCAGACCACACACUACAGCCCAUAGAUCAGACCACACACUACAGCCCUUAGAUCAGACCACACACUACAGCCCUUAGAUCAGACCACACACUACAGCCCUUAGAUCAGACCACACACUACAGCCCUUAGAUCAGACCACACCCAAACACUGAUCUCUUUUUCAUCUAUGUUUCUAAUUAUGUGUUUGUUUAUUUGAGUUAUUAAUCCAUUAACCAUUUUUUUGCUUUCUGACUUUUUCUCUCUUUAACACUUUGUCUUCUUUUUAUGUGCCUUUUGUUUAUUCAACUAUGUGUGUUAAGUGUUUGUGUGCGUGUGCGUGUGUGUGUGUGUGUGUGUGUGUGUGUGUGUGUGUGUGUGUGUGUGUGUGUGUGUGUGUGUGUGUCUCUCUCUUUCUGUGUGAGUGUGUUCACAGCUUGCCUUACCUUGCCUGCAUGCCCAAAGAAUAUUCAUCCAUACAUUACAUUGGAGCCAGGGUGUUUGUGUGUGUUAACUGUGCAUCCUGUGUUGCAGGAUGAAGAAGAUUCUAAGCAGGGAUACAACACAGUUCUGGAGUGUGGUCCAUCUCCCAUGGAGAGGGAUCAGAUGGCUGAAGGGAGGCAUGGUGUGUCCAGGGUGGACGUGUCAGCAGGUAGGGGGAGAGGGGCCUUGUCGGGGCCUGCUUGGCCACAGGAGCUGGCCUGCUCCCUGUGCAAACGGCUGUUCAGCAGCCUGGAGCAUCUCAGGGAGCACGAGUACCGCCACACCCUGUCUCUCACGGCCCUCUCCCUGGACUGGCCUGACCCGCAAGGCCCCUUAGCCGACCACCACAACCAGACUCAAGCCUACUCUCAGGGCCUCAUUCAUUCCCAGUCUCUCUAUUGCCUCCCGGUGGCCGAGCAUUUUCCACCACGGUACCUCUGCUCCCAGUGUCCAGCCACCUUCACGCUCAAGUCCAAUGCAGACCGGCAUGAGAAGACCAUCCACUUCAAGAGGAAGCUGAUGCAGUGCACCUACUGUCUGAAACAGUUCAGAGACCGUACUGAUCUACACAGACACCUCUCCUCCGUACACUCCAGAGAGAGAGGCCACUCUUGCCCAGCCUGUGCCAAGGCAUUCAGUACCCCAAAAAACCUGGCCACGCACGUCAAGGUGUGCUACCAGCUGGGGGUAGAGUCAGAGUCAGGGAGAGGGGUCGGCAUUGGGGUGGGGCAGGGUGGGGUUACUGAGAGACUGUGGGGCUUGCAUCAUGAGAUGAAGGUAGACGCCCAUAGCAACCAUAAUAAUCAUCAUCACCAUGUGAAUGUGGUCGAUUGA